UUAGCAAAUUCAUCGGACCUAUCGCCAGCUGUACCUAGGCUUAGCUGGCGGUGCGAGUUUUUUUUCUGACCUUAAUCGUUCAGUUGACUGUUUUUUUUUUGUACAAAAACUGGGAUUAGACUUCAUUAUAUAGUAUCAUUGUAUUCUCUAAAUUGUGUGUGCAUGUUUGACUAAGGCAAUAAAAAAGCAAAGUAAAAAAAUUAAAAACAAAAUCAAACAAAAUUUCAACCCACCAUGGAUGACAUCUUUCAUGACUGUCGCAGUGAGAGUGACUGCGAUCGCGAGUGUGCACAUAAGGCGGGCAUAUUGAAGGCCUGCCAAGGCGACUUUCCGCAGGAGGAGCCUCAGCAACGCAAGGCGCCCAUGGACAUGCGGAGCAUCAUAAGACGCGCCGCACAAAAUACGCAAAUAUUGCUGCGCGGCCUGGGCGUUCACUCCGAGUGCACCGAGAUCGAGGAGCCGCCGUCUACAUGCAAGUUCUUUUAUCCCGCAACGCUCGAGAUAAGCGCGCGAGUGCACACGGAGCCUUCAUGCGGCGUGCCCCCGCAUUGCCAGUGCAUACUGCGCGGCAGUCCGGUCACUCUCAGUCUCCCCAUGGAGCUGGAUCCACACAGCGGCCAGGUCAAGGUCAACAUAUUUAAGCCGGCACCGAAUACAUUGGCUCAUCCCUGCGAAUGCGCUGCUGUUAGCCCUGUUGGGGGCGGGGGCGGGGGCGGUUGCGUGGGAGCGGGAGCGGGCGCAGGCGCUGGGGACAGGCGGGCUUGUGGCCAACCUCAAAAUUGUAUGCGCCGGCAAUCGUAUCGUUACGGAACCGCCCGGAAGGCCGUGAGGAGAGUACGUUGGGAUGCAUAGGCAGCUCAGUAUUUGCCGUGAAACGCCGUCAAGUAGCAGCUGCUUACACCCAAUUAGAGCGGGCGCUGGGGCAUUCAGCUUGGGAAAGUGAAGGAGAAAACAACAUGUGCAGUUGCUCACUGGAACUGAGGGAAGCGCCGUAUUUGUCAACCAUGAAAACGAGUAACGAUGUCAUAUGAUUGUCUGCAAACGAGUGAUGUGAACAUGCGUGUGUCUUUACUUUCGAAUUUCUCAUCUGUGGAUACUAAGUUUUGGAUAGUGCUAAUAUUUGAACUGA